CGUAAUGGGGAGCGCAAAAUCCCGCCCAGAAGAGGCGGCUCAGAGCACCGGCAGCCAGCCGGGGAAGAAAAGGAGGAAGUGACCCGGCUGGGCGGCGGAGAGUUGGGAAGGCAAGGCAGGACAGGGGGCGGCCGCCGCCGAAGGGACCCCCUCCCCGGGAGAGGCCGCAGGGAAGGCACGAGAGGAGCCGGCGGGCCGUUUGCAGGGGGGAGCCGCCGAGGAGGAGGAGGAGGGCGCAGGAUGGGGCCCUCCGGGGCGCUGCGGGCCGCCCUCUGGGCCCUGCUCCUGCCGCUGAUAAGUGCCCAAGAGGGAAUCCUUCAUGCUUUUAGCAAUGAUAAUCCUCUGUUAAAAAAGGACUACUGCAUAACCUAUAAUCCUUCUUGGACUUCUCUUCCCAGUUCAUUAAGUAGUGCUAUUCCUACAAAAUUGACGAUCUUGACUCCUAAGCUGCUCUGCAAUUCUUCUGAUGUUCCUCAUGAUAUCAUGAGGGACAAGGCAGCUGUAGUGAUGAGGGGAAACUGCUCAUUUUUGGAGAAGGCAUGGAUUGCUCAAGGCCUGGGCGCUAAAAUACUCCUGAUCGCCAGCCAAACUGGUCUGGAUACUCCUUCUGGCGACAGGACCAUGUAUAAAAAUCUCAGCAUUCCAAUUGCACUUAUCUCUAAUGUGGAUGUUCUUGAUAUUAAUAAAAGUCUUGGAAAUAAUGUUAGCGUGACAUUAUAUUCACCGCCUUUGCCAGAAUUUGACUUCAGUAUGGUGGUCAUAUUUCUAAUCGCUGUGCUUACGGUAGCACUGGGAGGCUUUUGGAGUGGAAUGGAGGAGCUAGAGGAACUGAAGGCAGCUGCGAGCUCAGAUAACACCCCGGUGUCAAGGAAGACUUCGGAAAGUAUCAUUUUGAACCCAGUGAAAGUUGUCGUGUUUGUUGUCCUCUCUUGCGUCAUGUUAGUCCUGCUGUACUAUUUCUACCAGUGGCUGGUAUACAUCAUUAUUGCUAUUUUCUGCUUGGCGUCCUCAAUAAGCUUAUACAACUGUCUUCAGGUACUAAUACGAAAAAUACCUUUUGGACAAUGCAGGAUUUCAUGCUUCAACACAGCUUUUGAAGUAAGGCUCUUUCUCCUUGCUGGAUUAUGCAUAGCAGCAGCUGUCGUUUGGGGAGUGUUUCGGAAUGAAGACAGCUGGGCUUGGAUUUUACAAGAUAUCUUGGGAAUUUCUUUCUGCCUCAACUUCAUUAGAACUCUCAGAAUGCCCAACUUCAAGUCAUGUGUUAUUCUGCUAGGCCUUCUCCUUCUGUAUGAUGUAUUUUUUGUCUUCAUCACACCAUUCCUUACUAAAAACGGGGAAAGUAUAAUGGUCGAAGUGGCAACAGGUCCUUUUAAAAACAGUGAAAAGAAUUAUGGAAACAUGUUGGAAGCCUCUGUUCAGCAGUCAGCUCCUCAUGAGAAAUUGCCAGUGGUCAUGAGAGUGCCCAGGCUCCAGUUCUGUACUCCAAUGGUAUGUGGCCUGCCAUUUUCGUUACUCGGAUUUGGUGACAUUAUUUUACCAGGUCUCCUGGUGGCCUAUUGUCACAGGUUCGACGUUCAGACAAGCUCUUCCUCUGUGUAUUAUAUUUCUUGCUCUUUAGCCUAUGCUGUUGGCAUGGUGCUCACGUUUGUGGUCCUGUCACUGAUGAAGAUGGCGCAACCAGCCCUCCUUUAUUUGGUGCCAUGCAUCCUUGCCACCAGUGCCAUCGUAGCAUGGAGUCGCAAGGAGAUGAAAAAGUUCUGGGAAGGCAACAACUAUCAGGUGAUGGAUCCCAUGGAUUGUGCAGCUGCUGAAGAAAACUCAACACUAUCCAGCGAACAAUGCGGAGGACAGUAACUGGGCACCCAAAAUAAUGUAUAAAGAUUUUUCUACGCAAAUAAUAGAAACUCGGUUGAUUUUUUUAAAAUCUGAAGACUUCUUACGAUUUGUUAUGACAAAACUUGCCUUGUUUUUACAUUUGCUCACGUUGGGGUUGUUUUUUGUGUGUGAAAAUGAUACGUGAUUGACAUUAUCAGAAUGCUUAAGAUGUGCUGUUGGAAUACAUUCAAUAAACCCGUGCCUUGCCUCAUUUUCAAAGAUAGUUGCCUACAAAAUUGAAAACGUUUUUUACACAUGAUUUCAGUCUCUGCCAUAUAGCAGGCUUUCUGGCUAAUACUUAAAAGACUUUUUUUUUGCUGCAGAUUGGCAAGAUCUAGAAGUCUUUCACAGAGUUUCCAGCAAUAAAUGCACAAUUAUGGUUUGGACUGUAGGUGACAGUUCAGUUGUAUGACACUCUGGAGCGCCAGGAAUUCACGAAACGGUAGAGAUGGGUUGUUAUUUUGCCAUAACUUUGUUUUAAUCCAAUUAAUACCCUGUCCAGUCGAGCGGCUUUAUUUUUUCAACCCAGUUGCAUGAAGACCAAGAACCUUUUAUCCAUCCAGUUGCAUACAGACUAAGUGGUUUAAAAAUACUAAAUACACCUAGAGCAGAUGAGAACAAAGAAAACAGACAUUUGUUUUCCUCUUGGAAAACAAAAUUCCUAUGGCAGGGAUUCCGAAAUGUUGCCAUGCUGUUUAGGUGGAAUGAGGCCGCCUUCAGCAGUUCCUAUAUUUUCAAACAAAGGGCUUCUUUUUUGGAAUUUUGUGAAACUAUUUUUUUAAUCAUAAUAUUUCUUGUGAAACGUUAAGUAGGGUGCUUUCGCAUGGAAACUAAAGCUAGACCUUCUUUUUGUCAUUUCUUGCUUAUUUUGCACGUUCUCGGUUUCAUUUUUAAGCAUCUGGUGAAGAAAAUAAAAUUAUCAGUUUGGAUUUUGAAAAGAUGUAGUCACCGUGAAAACGUGUUUUCAGUUUUUUCUUUUCUUUUGGAAAUGGAAGUUAAGAAAAAGUGCGAGGAAUUGUGUACCAGAUCUUUCAGAGCCGUAAAGUGUUUUAAGCCAAAGAUAUUGGAAGCGACCUGCAAACAACGGACUGUUAUUAGUGCCUUAUUCAAAACAGCAACAGCACCUUCCAUUCCUGUCCAGUACAAAAAGCAAAAAUAAGAUCAAUAAUCCAAAGAUCAGAUUCUACGGUGAGUGAUGCUGGUCAGGUUCUUUGCUGGAUCAGGUUGUAAAGAGUCCUCAAUUCUGUGUUGAGGGGGGGGGGGGGCGGAAAGAGACGUAGUUUUCUUAUCUCCUCAAGUGCAGGGACAAUCCACUAUGUUUUGGUAAGCUAUUUCCAGUCAGCCAUAUGUCCUUCUUUCAUUGGGCGUUCACCAAUAAGUUGCGUGUGGGAGAUGCAUCUGAAGUAACCAAGGCCACGAAGCAGCUGUUAAGCCACGUAGUUGACCAAGCAGUGUUGCAUGCCUGAGAAACUUGAAGUGACGGCCACCAAGCGGCCCCAUCCCAGCACCACAACUCCAUGCUUCUGUUUCAGGUGAUUCUUUAGACAACGCAAACUACUUCAAAAUGCUGGCAGGUAGAAAAUCUGCCUGGUUCAAUCUGACAUUUCUAAGCCACGUUAGAUUGUAUUUUGGAAGGGAUCCAGAAAAGGAAUUGUUUGGCAAAAGGCUUAUCAAAAUAUAAAGGCGUCUCUAUUGCUUAACCUUUGAUGGCUACUCUGGAAAUUUGUGUGUGGUGUAAUUCAUUUUAGAAGCUGGUAAAAAUUAAAGCAAUUGCUUGGAUUAUAAAAAGUUAACAGUUGGAUAGUUAGUUGAUUAGCAGUGCCAUCCAGAACAGAGUUACCCCAGUCUACGCCCACUGACUUCAAUUGGCUUAGAAUGGAGUAACUCUGUUCUGGAUUGUAGUGUAGAACUGAAUUUGGAAACUUUUAUUGGAAAUUAUACAUGUUUAAAAAUUUUGUUACAUUUAGGAGCCUUCAUAGUAAUUCAGUAGCACAAUGGUACGAUCAUUUUUUGUUAUUAAUUAGAGCGAUCAGUACUGACUACCCAUUUCAACUGUGGAACUUUGUAAUUUUUUUAAAAAAAAAGAAUGUUAGCAUUUAAAACAACAUCCGGUAUUUAAUAAACUUUUCAACAAAA